AGGAAUUCAAUAUAAUGAUAAACUAACUAGCCAGCUAGCCAGUAACCAGAAACGACCACAUUUCUUUCUUCACCUUCCUCCUCCCCUGUUACACAGGCAAGAAAACAGAGUGCUCUGUAACAUGAAGAACAGAGACUCUGUUCCGUUGCUGCUACUCCUCCUCCUCCUUGUUUCCAGUGGACUUCUUGUUCUACCCUGUUAUGCAUCUGAACUCAGCAGCUCUGCCAACGACACUCAAGCUCAUCGUCAUCCGCCCGCGAAAGCAUUGCAUCUAGAGGCAGAUCAUGAUGAAAUGGGUGAAGGAGGAGAGAGGCUGAAAGAGACGGAGAGGAAAGGCGGGAAAGGCGGCGCCGGGAAGGGAGCUUACGGCGGCGCAGAUGUGCUCCGACAGCCUAACCAGCGGCGAAGCGGCGGAGGAGACUCGGCGAUGUUCAGAUCGAUGUCGUCUCUGUUUCCGUCAGCCGGUGGAAUGAUGAUGAUAACGAUGCUUCUCUUUCUCGGCUUCAGUUGAUCGAUGAUCUCUCUGUGCUAACGUUCAAUUCUCGAGAGAUCUUGGCCAUUUCCAAUUUUCCAUUGCUUAGUCAAACAUAUCUUUCCCUCUUGCAACUUCUUUUUUGUGGGGGUUCUAUGAUGUAAUUUCAUUUUGCUAAUGUUAGUGAAUAAGAAUUUGAUAACGCGGAAGAAAAGGAACAUGAGACAACGAGUUUUAUGUGGUAUCUCUGUUCGAAGUAGGUCUGUCAGUUCGAUUUCGGGUUUAACUCAAUCCAAACAUGAAUGCUUUCUCUUA